AUGCCUUCUCCGGCUCCAAACUUCACUCUACAAAGGGGUGCCAAAACGCGCUCUACUGUGAAACUAAAGGAUUUACCACAAGGAGCGUUGAAGCUAGAACCUUAUCAUGAUACUGUAGAAGAUGCACCGCGGUACCCACCGGUCGUGCAAGGACAUAGGAAUAAUAUGGAAAAGUUCCAGAAUUGUGUUAUCCUUACCAGAGUUGGAGGCUUUUAUGAGCUGUAUUUCGAGCAAGCUGAGGAGCUGGCCCCGUUGCUCAAUAUCAAGCUUGCUUCCAAGAAGACCAGCGCCGGCCCUGUUCCCAUGGCGGGGUUUCCGUUCUUCCAGCUAGACCGCUUCCUGAAAACCCUCGUACAAGAUCUCAAUAAAUACGUCGCCAUUAGCGAGGAAUUCGCACACGGCGUGGAGGACAAAGCUCGUACAGGGGGGCUUCUCUUUGAUCGAAAAGUCGCCAGAAUUAUCACCCCCGGCACAUUAAUUGACGAGAAGUUCAUGGAUCCUGCGGAGAACAAUUUUCUCCUAGCCAUAUACAUAGAUGAACCGUCAUUGAAAGCACAACUAGAACAGCAUGGUGUUUCAUCGCAUCAGCAUGUACUGUCGUCUGCAUCUCAGCCCGUAGGCUUGUCCUGGUUAGAUCUUUCCACCGGAGACUUCUUUACCCAAUCUACAACAGCGCAAAUGCUUCCUUCGGCUAUUGCAAGGAUUGGUGCUCGAGAGAUCUUGGUUGACCGGGGUAUUCAAGAUUUGAUCGGACAGGAGCUGCAACUGCUAGUUGGGCACGAUCAUCGACUGAUGACAUUCUUCCCAUUUCCCCAGGACAUCUUGCCCAUGUCUCAGUGGGAUUCAAUGCUAGAAGCACCCGUCUCUCCUAAAUCUAUCAAGUCUUUUACCCCGGAGGAAACAGCCGCUGGUUAUAACCUCUUAGAGUACAUCCGGGUUCAACUACAGGGAUUAGAUCUAAAACUUCAACCCCCUCGUCGCCGGCACUUGAGCGAAUCCAUGAAUAUUGACCGCAAUAGCUUGAGAGGGCUGGAGAUUCUCGAAACCGCUCGGGACGGCUUCGGCAAAGGGAGUCUGCUUCAUGCAGUGCGUCGUACCUCCACCAAAAGCGGAGCGCGUCUCCUAAGGGACCGUUUGAGUUCUCCGUCUACUUCCUUACGAGUGAUCAACGAGCGCCUUGAUCUUGUGUCGGGCUUCAUCGCCAACAGUGAGCUACGUGAUAGUGUGACACAGCUGUUAAAACGUAGCUAUGACGCUCAGCGCCUAGUUCAAAAAUUCACACUUGGACGGGGAGACCCGGAUGAUCUGAUUUGUCUCUCAAGGGCUAUAGAAGCUUCAAAGGAAAUCAAGCGGGUCCUUUCUGCCACAGGCUUCGAUGUCUCCUCGUCCGCUCAAGCCAAUGAUAGCCUUGCAACUAUGACCGAUCGACUUCAUUUGGACGGGCCUACUAUACUUGCAGACAAAAUAUUGGCUGCUAUUGAUGAAGAAGGGCUGAUCCAAAGGCAGCGGAUUGAAGAUGACACCGCCGCAGAGGCAGCGAUUCUGGCUCAGGAAGUCACCAUGAAUGAGGGCUUACCAACUGACCUCGACGCUUUGCCGAAGAAAGUCCGAUCUAAAAGUUCUAAUCGAGCUGGCACAGCUGCAGAUGAGCCACCGGACGUCGACACCUGGAUUAUGAGGCGGGACGCAAGCCCAGCCCUACGUAAGCUCCACCAAGUUUUAACGAAACUACAGGAUGAGAAGAUCAGCUUGACACAGCGCCUUCGCGAUUCUGUAGGAUCAUCUACUCUUACCCUCAAGUGGACCCCUGGUCUCGGCCAUAUAUGCCAUGUCAAAGGGACCAAGGUAUCUCAACAAGCCCUCGAAGAAUUAGGAGUAACACGAAACGUCUCAACAACCAAAUCAACCAGGUCGUUCUACCUCCCCGCAUGGACUGAGCUAGGCAGUCGAAUAGACCAAGUGAAACUCCAAAUCCGGCAAGAAGAGCAACUGAUCUUUGAACGCCUUCGCCGCGAAGUGAUUCUUAACCUAGUAAAGAUCCGACGCAAUGCAGCCGUCAUGGAUGAACUGGACGUCGCGUGCUCAUUCGCAACACUAGCACAAGAACAGCGCCUCGUUAGGCCCAUUCUGACCAAGGGCACCUCCCACAAAAUCGUCGGAGGAAGACACCCAACUGUCAAACUCGGCCUCGAAGAGCAGGGUCGCCGAUUCGUCAGCAACGACUGCUUCUUAGGCGAUGAGGAACGCAUCUGGCUCAUCACAGGGCCCAACAUGGCUGGGAAGAGCACCUUCCUGCGUCAGAACGCACUCAUCACGAUUCUCGCGCAAGUUGGGUCAUUCGUCCCAGCCGAAUACGCCGAGAUCGGGAUUGUAGACCAAAUUUUCAGUCGCAUCGGCGCGGCGGACGAUCUCUUCCGCGACCAAUCCACGUUCAUGGUGGAAAUGCUCGAGACAGCCGCUAUCUUAAAGCAGGCGACAUCUCGUUCCUUCGUCAUCAUGGAUGAGGUUGGCCGCGGCACGACCCCCGAAGAUGGCACCGCCGUCAGUUUCGCCUGUCUGCAUCAUCUCCACUAUCGCAACCGAUGUCGCACACUGUUCGCAACUCACUUCCACGAGCUGGCAGACAUGACCCACGAUUUUGACGCUCUGGGCCGAUACUGCACGGACGUCAAGGAGACCGCCUCGGGGUCAUUCUCGUUCGUCCAUCGGCUGCGCAAGGGCGUGAAUCGCGAGUCCCAUGCGUUGAAGGUCGCCCAACUGGCGGGCUUGCCAAAGGAGGUCCUCGAGAUGGCUCGAAGCGUGCGGGAUAGCGUUCGUAGCGGUCAGAAAACAUGGCCAGCAGAGGUAAAUUGGAACGCCGAAGCAGCUCCCAAGCCAGCGGUCUCAUAA